AUGAGUGCCAACGACAACAUCAAUGGGUUGGCGGCGCAGAUUGCUGAGCUUGCCAGCAGCUUCACCAAGAGUCUCGCCGAUGCAAACAUUGCUGAGCCAGAUUUCACCCCCAAGAGCGCUACCAGCUACGAAGGCUUGACUGGGGAGCAGUUCCUUCGUCGACAGCAGCUUCUCGACAAGAUCAACGACAUAUGGUACCUCGUCCAAGGACCCAGCGAGAGCAUCUUCAACUAUGUGCACACGGCCAUCCCAGACAUCAUGGCGCUGAACCUCAUGAACCACUUUGACUUUUGGGCCGCCGUGCCGCUUGACGGCUCCGCGUCCUUUGCAGAGAUUGCCGCACACGCCGAGCUCCCCGAGGAGGUUGUCCAGCGCGUCAUCGAGCAUGGCAUGACGCUGCGGCUCUUUGCGCCCGAAGGCGACCACAAGGUGACCCGGCGUGUGCGCCACUCGAGCCGGUCGGCGGCCCUCGUCAAGUCGUCGGGCCUCCGUGCGCUCGUGUCCACCAUCCUGGACGAUGCCGGAGCGCCGAUGCUGGCGAUGAACAAGGCGCUCGAGCUGCACGCGCGCGGCCAGCCCGCGCUCACCAGAGACAUGACCAAGACGGCGUUUGCGAUGCACCAAAAGGGCGCGACCAUUGGCAACUACACGACUUCGUGGGAGUACAUUGAGAACGACGGUGAGGGCGACCGGAAGGGCUGGAGACAGAGAAACUUUGUCGAGUUUAUGCGCUACCUCAAGGAGAUUUUCAGACUCGAGACUGUUCUUGAGAAUGCCUUUGACUGGAAGGCACUUGGAAAGUCCCACAUUGUUGAUAUGGGCGGCUCCGGAGGUCACGACGCCUUUUUCCUGGCCGAAAGGUUCCCCGAGCUCACCAUCACCGUGGAGGACCUCCCCGAGGCCGAGUCGGUGUUCAACAAGCACCAGCCGGCGGCGCUCCAGGAGCGCGUCAAGUUCAUCGCGCACGACUUCUUCAACCCGCAGCCGGUACAGCCCGAUGUGUUCCUCAUCAAGCUCAUCCUGCACGACUGGCCGGACGAGGAGUGCGUCAAGAUCCUGCGCGGGCUGGUGCCGGCGAUGCGGCCCGGGUCGCGGGUCUUCUUCCUCGACUUUGUCGGCAAGCAGGAGUCGACGGGCGGCGAGGAGGCGGUGCCGCGGUCGAUCCAGCAGAUGGGCACGGCGACGGACCUGCGGAUGAUGGCGCUGUUCAACGCGGAGGAGCGGCCGGCGGAGGCGUGGAGGGCCAUCUUCAAGGCGACGGACGAGCGCUUCGAUCUCGUGCGUCUCGAGGCUAACCCUCUGUCGUUCUUUGUUGUGAUUGAGGCCGUCUGGCGCGGUUAA